GAACCGGAAACGGUACCGGUCACACAACAGGCAGCCACGUCGGUCUGGUUACAGGUCACAGCCAUACGCUUCACGCGCCACAACCUCAAACGCCUCUGUCGACCCACGCGGCAGCCGUCGUUCAUCCGCACAUUCACGCGCACGCUCAUCAUCAUCAUCAUCAUCAUCACCAGUUGGCGCACGUGGCUCAACAGUAUCCAGCGCUUCUUCAUCAGACGCCCCACGGCCUGGCCGCCUGAACACGAUGAGAACACACCAGGCACGGAACGCCCCAGAGAAUAUCAGAUGUCCAUACCCAUUGGUUUCUAUGUGCUCUCGGCGCAUGAAAACCAUUCGUCGUCGUUGCUGAAGAUAUCUUGGAUCAGACCCCGUUACACUUACAGUUUGCAGAUUCGAGGACGAAGGAUCAGGAUCGAGCAGCCUGACGAGUCCGAGGACAAUGACACGGAACGAUCGAAGUGA